CUCACACACUCUUCAAUUAAUAUACAAGAAGUGAUGAUCCAAUCAAGUUUGGUUCCUUCCCAAUCCCGGAACCUUAUAUCAAGUCUAUAAAUAUCAACCAAUGAAGACAAUAGAAGUGAAUGAUCCAAUCAAAUUUGGUUCCUUCCCAAUCCCGGAACCUUAUGUCAAGUCUAUAAAUAUCAACCAAUGAAGACAAUCUUAGAAAGGGAAACAACCCAUACUGCAAUUGUUUAAUCUGUGAUUUCCGAUUCGUUCAUGGCUUGUCUUUCUUGUUCCAUUGAAAUGGAGCCCAGGACCUUGAAUCAAGGAGAGCUCAACAAUGCCAGGGAAGCAGCAGUAGAUAUAGUUUCAAAAAUGGAACCUCAACAGGCUUCAAGUGUGUUCAUUGAGGGACUCAGACCAGUAGUUCCACUUAACAGAAGAGAAGAGAUGCUCAUAAAGAGUGAUGAACUUCACACCCCUGUGGAUAGCAAGGAGAGUACCCCUGUGGAUAGCAAGAAGAGUGCUCUAGUCAUUGAAAGAUCGUGUGAAUGCUCUUUCACUUCCACUAGUAUCGAUGAAUCCCCUGAGAUGGAAAAACUCAGGGAGCCCCUUUCAGCUCCUUUUUGAAGUUUUCUAGGGUGCUGAUUCAAGUGGUUAAAAUAAUCCAAUCAGAUCCCUUUCUUUUUUCACAUAAGAGAUCUAAGGUUUGGAGAGGUUGCAUUAAAAGGAGUCACCGCAGCCACAGAAUAUGUAAGCAUUAGUAGUAAAGCAUGAAGAUGGUGAACUAUCCUCACAAAAAGGCAAUAUUAGAUAUGCAUUCUCUAUUCUUUACAUUGUUCACUUGCAGUUUCAGUUCACCUGGUAAUGUUGUACAGCGUAGGAUUAUGGAGCUAAACUAAGGACAGGUGGUGGCGAAAAUGCUACAGAUGAUGAGAACUAGAAUAAAGAUUUUUAAGGAAUGAAUAAUAAAUAAGAUGUUGUUAUGGGAUCUGAGAACAAUAGCUUGAACUAGAAUAAGUCUUGCCAGCAUCACCUUGUUUCACUUGUGUUUGGUCAUCAAAUUAAUCUGAUGUCAGUGAAAACUGAAAUAUGAUUCGCAAUGUACAAUGGUUUUAAGAA